UGCUGGAUCUGCUCUCUCCGGCAGGUGGAUCUGUUCCAGCUUCAGGUCAACACACUGAGACGGUACAAGAGGCACUACAAGAUCCAGACCAGACCUGGACUCAACAAAGCCCAGCUCGCAGAGACCGUGAGCCGUCACUUCCGCAAUAUUCCAGUCAAUGAGAAGGAGACGCUCACAUACUUUAUUUAUAUGGUGAAGAGCAGUAAAAGCCGGCUGGACCAGAAGUCAGACGGGAGCAAACAAGUGGAAUAAUGUUCCCUGGCGAUCUCGGAGUGGCAGAAAGCCAUGAUUGAUGACGUGCAGAUGUUACCUGGCUUUGCAAUUCCUCUUUGAAUGCUUACUGUGUUUUUUGUCCAUACGGGAGUCACUACAGUCACAUGCUUGUGUAGUGAUGAUGAUGUGCCAAACCUCACAGUAACACCAUUAAAGCGCUGGCGUUUGAGUGAAUCCAGCGUCUCUAAUGCUCCGAUUUCACCGCUUGUCCAGUGAGGACCUGAUUGAAAGCAUGACAGAGACUGAAUGACUGCAGAUCUGCUCUCUCGUGUCAAAUGUUUUGUGCUUCUCACACUUAAACUAAUGCCAAUCCCCCAGAAGAGCCGCGAUACGUUACCUGAGGCUUUCUGUUCAUCUGCUCUGUUUCACAUCCGUCUCUGCUUUUGUAUGACUGCUGUGUAUCUGCUCUAUAUGGCGUUUUUUUGUAGGUUGUAAUGUUAGUUUUCUUCCUUUCUUUGUUUGAAAUAAUCAGUCUAAAUACAGUUCUUGUGGCACUACUCAUAUUUGUAUUGAUGGUGUGUGAGUGUGUCUGAUGCUGGAGGACAGAAGAGAGCUGGAAUGUCAGGAUAUUAGACAGAACGCAUGUAUAUUAGAAACCGGACGCUCUGAUAUAGUCUGCUGCAUUGUACUAGUAAUCAGUCUACAUGUGUCUACACUGUUUGAUCAUCAGCACACAAGGACAGAAUGUCUCGUGGAAAACAACUGAAAAGGAAAUGGUGAAGAAUGAAUUAUGAAAGACAUCUUAGCGUCACUUUUAAGCAGUAAGGGCUGUAUUUUCAUUUAUUUGUCUAAAUACAUACUGGAGAAGAUAUUAAAAUCAAAACAUUUUUAAAAAUGGAAAUGAUAAAUUUCCCUAGCCCAUGCACACACAUUUCCAGUUCUAUCAAAACUUUAAACACUGAGAGUUGAGUACUUCUGAGCAUCACUGCUGUCUCACAUUCAUAACCGUGGCAGGAGAGACAGUUCUGUUCAGUAAGUUACCAGAUUACAGUUGAAUUUGUCAUGUCAUGCUUAAAUUGAUCUCCAGGCACACGAACACUUGGAUUGUUUUCCUCUCAUAAAUUACAAAGGUCCUCGGGAGUUGCUCAUUUCUUCAAUCUCUUACGAUUCAAAGAUCAGUAACUGAUGUAAUGUUUGAUAAAGGAUCCCUUGGUCAGCAUGUGAACUUUAAACAGCCACUGAGGUGAACCUGGUCAAAGUCUAUCAUAAACAUGAUAUUCCAGAUUGGUGUGUUACAAGCAUGUGCAAAACUGAAUGAUAAACGCAAGAGGUCAUUGCAAACAGUGGAGAAACUUGAUGGUUUGGUUAAAAAAAUGAGGGACUACGAUGAUAUCACUGAUUUUCUGGGAACAGAUAAAAAAUGGAAACCGUGAGGAGUAUUCCAUGCAAAUUCAAAGUGCUUUUUAUAAAAGAAAAGAA